UGCCGCGUGCGCGCGUGUAGAGUGUAGAAGGAACAGCGCUGUAAAUACAUAGAUAUAUAUAUUGAAAAUAAAUAGGCGUUCACGUUGUAAGUAAAAUGGACAUUUUCAACGAAAUGCUGCUCCAGUAUCCCCAGCUGAUGUAUGGUGGGGUUGGAGCGACUGCAUUUGUUACUGGAGGUGCUCUUAUCUACAAACUUGCUACCAGGAAGAAGCCGACACAUGUAAAUGUGAAUUGUUGGUUCUGUAACCAGGAUACUGUCGUUCCCUAUGGAAAUCGGAACUGCUGGGAUUGUCCAAAUUGUGAUCAGUACAAUGGAUUUCAGGAGAAUGGCGACUACAACAAGCCCAUACCGGCCCAGUAUAUGGAGCAUUUAAACCAUGGCGUUUCUGCUGGCCUUACUCCACCUGAAACCCCCAAAACACUACAGUGGGUGAACUGUCAGAUGCUGCUCUGCAAGAAAUGUAACAACCAUCAGACUCUGAAGAUCAAACAGCUGGCUUCUUUCAUCCCAAGGGAAGAUGAAAACUACGACGAAGAGAUUGAGGUGUACAAACACCACCUCGAACAGACGUACAAGCUCUGCCGACCCUGUCAGACAGCCGUGGAGUACUACAUCAAGUACCAGAACAGGCAGCUUCGGACACAGCUGUUCAACCACCAGCUGCGGCGCAGCCGGGAAGCCGACAAAGCCUUUAUCAAAAACUCUUACACACUCCCCACACCUGCACGUGUGAUAUUCCUCCGCUUCCUAGCCUUCCUCUUCUGUGCGUUUCUGGUUGCCGUGGCAUUGUGCGACUCCGACACCUCUGCUGGACAGGGUGCCCCAGCCACUCUGAGUGGUGGGGUUGCUCCCCCGAAGCACGCCCAGGUCAACGAGAGCGCCUCGGAACAGAAUUCUAGUGCUGACGGCUGGCCAGUAGGGCAGAUGUGGAGUGAGAUGGUGAGCCUGCUGCCCGAGGAGGUGCUGGAGAAGGCCAGGCUGCUCUGGCAGAACGGCAGUGACCACCAGACGGCUGUGGCCUCUAUGGGCAUGCUGACCUGCAUUACGAGUGUUCUAAUGGCUGGACCUCUCAGACUGCGGAGAAUUGAUGCCGUUGCCUCGGUCCUGUGGUUUGUGGUCACUUGUCUGUACUGGUCGGAGAGUUACCUGAAGAUGGACGUCCCGGGCUGGCUCGACACUGUCAAGUUUGGCACCACUUGUUUGUGCUGCCUGGUUGGCUUUGCUGCUGCCGUGGCAACUCGUAAAUCCAUCGGUCAAAGGAGAGCCAGAGGUCGAAGGUACCUGUCCGGCGGCUCUGUGUGCGGUGGACCGCCUGCCCUGCUGACCAUGCCCCUGCCCCCAAACCUCUCGCAUCUCAUCUCCAGACAGCAGAGUCAGAGGGCUCGCAAGGCCUCCCCCUCGUCUCUGCCGGGGAGGCUGAAUCGAGCCCUGUCUCUCGGGACCAUCCCCUCGCUCACACGAACAGACUCGGGUUACCUGUUCAGCGGAAGUAGGCCACCCUCACAGUGCAAAGACUCUCCACCCUCAGACUACUUUUCACUGAAGUCUGGGAGUCGUCCCUCCUCUCCUGGCCCUUCUCCCACACCCUCAGUUGCAGGCUCGGUCACGUCCACCUCCAGCUCGGCCUGGCAGCGUCGGCCCCUCAUCAGCCCAGCACGGCUCAACAUCGGCGGGCGCAGGUUGCAGCUCUUCUCCCAGCCCCAGGAGCCAGUCAGCUUGUUCACUCCUCCCUGCACGCCAGAGCCCACCCACUUCUCUUCCAACAACAGUCUACCAGAUGGGAUGCCCUUCUCCACUUCAAAUCAUGACUUGAGCUCUGUGCUGGAGAACAGCAGUGUGUCCGAUCUGGAUGAGAGGAGGGAAGACGGGUCUACUGGCUCCUCCAAGUGUCACGUGGACACCACAACAGGCAACGGGAACGAGAACAAGUCUGAAUGGAAAGGUGUGUUCAGCUGGUUCAGCAGGUCCCUCUGGCCUGGUGUGCUGUGUGCAAGUCUCACAGCCAACCUGCUCCUCUCCUCCCUCUACCUGUAUCACACCUGGAGAUGAGCGCUGCUUCCCCAGCUGUAACUAGACUCUUUGGAGGUCGAGGGAAGUAUGCUUUGCUCUCCUGAAAGUAGACUCCUUUUAAAAAAAAAAAAGUAGACUCCUUUUGUUUUGGACUUGGUCUCCAGCCGUGACAUGCGAUCUCAGCAAAUCUCUAAAUUGUUCUCUAAAUCUCUGAAUUGUUCCUCAAUUGGGGUGUGUUCUUUUGUUUUUUUUGUGUGAAUCUAAUUAACAAAUCUAAUUUCAAAGUGGCUAGGCUACUUGUUUUUUUAUUUUAUGAUCAAGGCAAGAAUCUGUAUGUUUUCUGUGUGAACCCCCAGCUUCCACAACAUGGCAGCAUUUGUGUUACAGGUUCACAUCCAUACAAUACUACAUCCUGCAAUUCACAUUGAAUGUCUUAUAUUUCUUAGGGAACUUCUUUUUUUUUUUAAGAUCAGAAUUACAUGUAGAUUCUCACUGUGAAGCACAGCUUUAUCUCUUGGUGUUACAUGUAUAUUGAAUAUUGAUGUCUUACAUUUCAGUGUUUACCAGGUUCAGUUGUAAGAAAGAUGUGAGUUUAUGUGUGAGUUUUGAAAAUUGUUUCAGUGAAACAAGUAAUGGGAGGGUGGCAUUUUUUUUAUUUCUAGAAACUACAAUGGUCUGUGCAAACUGGCUAGUACAAUGUAUUGUAUAUUGGUGCAAUUUUUGUUUUUGUAAAUGGAAUCUAUAUUCUAUUUGGCCUUAUGUGGACUAGUGGCAACUGAUUUUCUUUGGGAUUGCAAUAUAAAAACACUGGAUUUUCCUUAAUCCUGAUGCUACAAAGAAUUCUGAGCACAUUGAAAAUAAAGUGCAAGGAUUAGACUUCUUAAAAAAUAUUUCAGUCUGGGUAAUUUAUUUUAGGAGAAUGAGAAGAGACUUGUAUUUUGACUGUAUUCUGGCCUCACUGUGUCAGGUAUGGCUUUAGCACUAUGUGACACAGUUUACCAACUAGAGAUAACUGUAUAAAGUUGGGGACUAGAACUAUUUUUAAAACUAUCACUACACUUACUGGCUUCUCCUCUGAGCCCGGCGCUGAUGUGCUUUUCCCUGCACUUUUAGCCAAAGACUGUUUUUUUUUUUUUUUUUUUUUUUUAAA